CACCACUCCACAGUCCACUUCACUCAGCAGCAGCAGCCAUGGAGGCGCGGAGGACGGCGAGGGCUCUCCUUGCGAGCAUCGUGCUCGCCGCGUUGGCUUCGCAGGCCUUCGUCGGCGUGGUCGAGUCCAGGACCAGCCCCAUGGAGAAAGCGAGCCAAGGUGACGACGUGAAGAAGCCGGACUGCGUGCCGGGAGUGGACCCGCACACGUUUCCCGGGAUCGGCGGGCACGGCGGUGGCAUCACGCCCGUGCCGUCACACGGCGGUGGCAUCACUCCCGUGCCGUCACACGGCGGUGGCAUCACGCCCGUGCCGUCACACGGCGGUGGCAUCACGCCAGUACCGUCACACGGCGGCUCCAGCGGCAUGUCGCCGUCCCACGGGGGUUCCAGCGACCCGUCCCACGGCGGCUCAGGGUCUUCGCCAUCCACCGGCGAAGGGUACGGUGGUUCCCCGUCCCACGGCGGCUCCGGGUCGUCGCCGUCCACUGGCGGAGCGUACGGUAGUUCCCCGUCGUCCCCCGGAGGCGCCUACGGCAGCGGAGCCCCGUCGCCGUCCGAAGGAGGAGGCGCCUACGGCGGCAGCUCUCCCACCCCGGCGUACGGCGGCUCCCCGUCGCACGGCGGCAUCGGGACCUCGUCCCCGACGCCGUUCGUCCCCGUCGACCCCCACAGCCUCGGCUUCCUCCCCGGCUCAUGCGACUACUGGAGGUCCCACCCGAUGGAGAUCUGGUCGGCGAUCGGCGGGCGGUUCCCGAGCUCGAUGGGCCACUUCUUCGGCUCGGCGGGCAGCGUGGGCGGCGCCGACGUGAGCAUCCAGGACGCGCUGGCCAACACCCGGUCCGACGGCGCGGGCGCGCUGCUGCGCGAGGGCGCCGCCGCGCUGCUCAACUCCAUGACCCGCGCGGGGUUCCCCUACACCACGGAGCAGGUCCGCGACGCGUUCGCGGCAGCGGCGGCCGGCGGGUCCGACGGCGCCGCCGCGGCGCAGGCGGCGGCGUUCAAGAAGGCCAACGAGGGCAAGGCGUAGAGGCGACGUGCAGUGUCAGAUGAUGGUUGUGUCAUUGUGUGUUCAGCCGUGGUGAAGUAGCUCGUGGAUGGAGUAUUUGUUGAUGGGUGUUGUUGAUUUGACGGUGGUGACGUUGGUUGCGUCCGGGGUGAGCACCGGCUUGUGGUGUGCAAUCGCUCGUGUUAUUUUGUUGUUUUUUCGUGUGGAUCUCGGUGGAUGAACCAAGCAAUGCAAACUACUGUCCUAGUUGGAUUCCAAA